AUGGGAAGAACAACUUUUCUUCCAUAUAAAGAUGAAACCUUUAUGCCUCCAUUACCACAACCACCUUAUUCUUUUCAUUUUCAUCCUAUCCCAUCACCAUUUUCACCCAUCACUGUUUCAUCUCUUCGAUCUGAUGAUUUCAGUCCAAAUGAUAAAUCAUUGAAGGUUAGUCCAAGUAUUCUUCUAAUCAUUAUCAUUCUAGCAAUUGUUUUCUUCGUUUCUGGUUUACUUCAUCUCCUAGUGAGGUUUCUGUGGAGGCCUCAGGAUAGAGACAGUGAGGAUUUGGAUGAUGUUACUGCUCUUCAAGGGCAGCUGCAACAGCUUUUUCAUCUUCAUGAUGCUGGUGUUGACCAGUCUUUUAUUGAUACCACUCUUCCUGUGUUUCUUUAUAAAGCUAUUAUUGGAUUGAAGAACCCUUUUGAUUGUGCUGUUUGUUUGUGUGAAUUUGAGCUUGAAGAUAAGCUUAGACUGUUGCCGAAAUGUAGUCAUGCUUUUCAUAUGGAGUGUAUUGAUACAUGGCUUUUGUCUCAUUCUACUUGUCCUCUUUGUAGAGGUAACUUGCUUCAUGAUUUCAAUACGAACAAUAGUUGUUCUCCUAUUGUUCUUGUUCUAGAAUCUGGUAGUGAUAGUUCUAGGGAAAUUGUUCCAGAAAGAGAUACUGCUAGUGUUAGUAUUACCGCUACUGCUACGGCUACUGCUAUGACUACUACUGCUAUAGGUACAGGUGAUAGUGUUUUUGGUAGGACUAGUUCUGUUAUGACAACGAAUUCGGUUUUUGGUUAUCGCGGAGACAGUGAAUUCGGAGGUGAUUCGGCUUCGGUUGGAAACAUUCCUAAGCCGAAUGUUGGAGUGGAGAAAGUUGUGACCGUUAAGCUUGGAAAGUAUAGGAAUGUUGAUGGUGGUGGAGGUGGAGGAGGGGAAGGAAGUAGUAGCAACAAUGUGGAUGAUAGGAGGUGUUUUUCUAUGGGUUCGUUUGCUUAUAUUAUGGACGAAACAUCUUCGUUGCAGGUACCGAUUAGAACUCCGAUGAAGAUGAAAUCAAGCAAGAAAAAACCUGUUUUGCCUUUGAUUCCCGGACAUAGGCCUGCGAUGUCAGAAUGUGAUUGCGAAUCAAGAAGAGAUUUCAAGUUUGCAAGCUUUGAUUCGAGUAGAGGAGUAGUCGAGGAUUUUGCAGGUAUUGGAAAAAGUAGAAAGGAGAGUUAUUCUAUAUCGAAGAUUUGGCUUCGAGAGAAAAAAGAUAAGACUAAUGGCGAUGUUGCGGAUUCGUCUAGAAGAGCUGUUUCGUCGAGGUUUCCAUUACAAAGUAAUGUUUCGGAGAUGGACUUUGGAGGAAGUGAAUUUGGUGGUUAUGAUGAAGAGAAUCAAAGUUGUUAUAGUAUGGAUUCAUCUCAAGCUAGAGCACCUUCAUUUGCUAGAAGGACUUUGAUUUGGCUCACUGGAAAACAGAAUAAGGUUGUUCAUUCUGCUUCUACUUCUACACUUUAG